AAGGAUUCCGUUUUCAGUUUGAGAAGGCCACGAUUGCCGUUAAGGGAUGUAAACUAUUGUCGGAUGCGUAUGUGGUUUCUGUUCCGACCGCGCCGAUUCUUACACCGGCUAAUCAUAUUCAAAUAGGACGCCCGUUUAGAAUUGUUAAUCGAUUGUAAUAAUUUUUCAGCGAGGUAUAAAAGCGCUUACAUGCACGAUAAAGGCAUAAUUGCAAUCACCUUUAUCCAGUGCACAUCGCAGGUAGCCGAACCACACGCCGAAGACAUGUCUCGACUUACGAUUUUCUUUAUCCUCGCUGUGACGUACGAAGUUUUUGCAGAUGCUAAAGGCGCCAAAGAUUCAAGCGCGGCCGCGUCCGGGCUGUACUCAAACGUGCUUGGUGGCGGCCUAGGCGGUCUGGGCGGCGGUCUCGCGCCCGCCGGCAUCGUGACCGCGCCCGCCGUCGCAGCGGGUUCUGCUAUUGUGGGUGGCGCCGGGCUCGGAGGCAUCGGCAACGGUCUCGGAGGAGGAGCGGCACUCAACAAUGCCGCCGCUGUGGGCGCCGCUCAGCUCAGCGCCAUCCAAAAUGCACAGGCAGUUCAGGCCGCUCAGAUCGCUAACGCUGCGGCCGCCGCUAUCCAGGGUGCCCGAGUCGCUGAGGCCGACGCCCGCGGCAGACAAGCAAACGCCAUUCAAAACGCUCAGGCUUUGGACGCCGCACGUGUCGCCAAUUUACAACGCGCCCAGGCCGCCGCUCUUGAAAACGCCAGGGCUACGGAGGCAGCGAGACGAGCGGCAGCCGCGGCUGGACUUGAAUUAGCCCGCGCCGCAGAAGCUGACCGCGUCGCUAACGCAGCACGUGUACAAGCCAUCGCUUAUGCCAACACCAGAGCAGUGGAAGCCUCCCGUAUCGCCAACGCCGCCCGCGCUCAAUCUGCCGCAGUGGCUACAAGCGCGGCGCAAGCGCAGGCGGUGGCCGACGCCGUAGCUAGGAACGCUCAGGAGGGUCUUCUGCUCGGCGGUGGUGGCAAUACCGCUGUGGUGGGUGUAGCGCCAGCUUCGGCCGGCGUGGUGAUCGGCUCCAGCGGUCUCGGUGGUCUGGGCGGUCUUGGAGGCUACGGUGGAUCCUGGGGAAUCGGCGGUGGUUACGGCGGCGGCUACGGCGGCAACUACGGCGGCAAUUACGGCGGUAACUACGGCGGCGGCUACGGCGGAUACGGCAAACACUAAAAUACUGUAGUGAUAAAGUACUCGAUAUUAAGAUGUUAAGAUUUCUACAUCCAUUUCAUCACGUCACUGAGAAAUGGUUAGCGGCAGAUACAUUACAACAGGUUGUGUAAAUAUUAUUUGAACUUA